AUGGCGAGCCAGACCGCCAGCACCAGCGCCCCGACCGACGCUCAGUCCGAAAUGACGCUCGCCAGUCAUAUCGCGCGCUCUGCCGCCGAGACAGCAGGCGCCUCUGGCAUGCGGCUCGUCUACUCGACGCGCCCGCACUGGCCGUUCGCACCCGCCUCGAGCGCACCCGAUGGCACGGCGCCGGCGAGCAUCGACAUUGCGGUGCUCGACUCUUCUUUCAACCCGCCGUCUCGUGCCCAUCUCGCGCUGCUGCUGUCGGAGCCAAUCCUGGCACGGCCCAAACGGAGCUACGACGGUCACCUGCUGCUCUUCUCGACGCAGAACGCCGACAAGGGCGCAGGCAAGCCGGGCGACGCGAGCCUCGAGCAGCGAGUGGAGAUGAUGACGCUCAUGGCGCGCGAUGUGGAGCGCAUCCAGUCCGCCGCGGGUCGCACCGCCAAUGUGGCGGUAGGGCUGGUGGAUAAACCGCUGAUCUUUGCCAAGUCCACGCUCACCCGCGAGCUGUUACGGCAACACCAGCCAGACCGCGACAUGGCACCGACGAGACUGCACUGGGUGGUCGGGUUCGAUACGCUCUACCGCGUCUUCCAGCCAAAGUACUACGAAUCGCUCCACCAGAUGCACGAGCAGUGCCAGAGGUUCUUUGACCACGAGCGGACUACGUUUGUAUGUGCGCGGCGCGACCCAGCGUCGUACCCCCAGCUUGCGUCCAAGGAUGCAGAGGGCGAGGCGAGAAGCGAGGAGGACAAGCUGCUGGCAUCGAGCGACGUGGCAAAAUGGGUCGAGCAGCAGUCGAUCGGCAUGCUCGACCUCGAGUCGGACCAGGCCAAGCUCAGCUCGACCAGCAUCCGCACACUGCUCAAGGACACCAGCAUCAACGAUGCAGAUAAGAAGCGACGCUUGGCUCAACUCGUACCGCCAGCGCUUGUCGAGUACCUUGUCGAGUCUCGCAUCUAUCAAGACCAUCAGCCCCCACAUCUGCGGCUCAGUGGCCACCUCCAUCUUGCUUGCUUCCGUCGUACAUACUCGCCUGCCUUGGAUGAGGCAGCCCACGCCUUUGCUCUGCAAAGUCUCGACACCAGCCCAGCUGCGAACACGAUGAUCGCUGCCUUUGCGCAGCCGCACGCACCUCCAUCUUACCGACCGCAGCCCUACAACACCGCCACGGCAGGAAGAGCUGAUAUGGAUCGACCGCAUAUGGAUCAAACCCAGGGAUCUGGAUCCGAGCCUUGGUCGCCGUCGGGCUCAGCGUCGGCCUCGGACACGCCUACGCUUCCGAUGCAGGUCUUCUCGUCGCCGAGCGAGAGCAUCUACCCGGCGUCGACCAAGGCGGCGAUCGAAGCGACUCGCGCGCGCUUCUUUGCGCGCCAAGCCUCUGGUUCGCGGUCCGCACCGCGCUCUCGACCCACCCCGACUGGCUCGGCAUCGCUCUCUGCGUCGUCGCAGCCACGACGCGGUGCCAAGGACCACAUGCUGUCGAGCGGGGCAUCGUCGUCGUAUCGCCAAUCGUUCUUUGAGCGGUGUCAGCGCGCGAUGAACCAGACGCGCACUGCGCAGCGCAGUGCCCAAGUGCGCGCCUUCCGCACGGGCAUCGACGGUGCCACGCCCGGCUUGUAUUCCGACGAAAUGGAUCAGGACGACGACUCGGCCCCCUCCUCUCCACCCUAUCAUAGCGAUGCCGAGGCGAGGGAAGAGGAUGACGAGUUGACACGCGCACGCAUCCUCGCCGAAUACGCACGGCUCAAACGCAUCUACGAGCUCAAGGGACAUCUGGAGAUCGGCUGGAUCGAUCCGGAUCAGCUCGAGUGGCUCGAACACGAGACGCGCGAAGACGAACUCGUCGAUCCACUCGAGCGCGCCGACGACGAACAGCUCCAACAGCUCUGGAUCGAGUCCCAGCAGCAGCAACAGGCAUAUGCGACCGACGAAGCUAUGCACGACGACGAUGGCUUCGACGACCCGGCGUUCGAACAGGCUCUCGCUCAACUACCCUACUGA